ACGCAUUGCAACCACAAACAAUCCUGCCUCCCUUCAGUCCCCAUUUCGGGAUCCCUGGCUGCGUGAUUUAAACACUUCGGGUCGCUAGUCACGUUGAAUUAACGCAGGGUUGAGUUAAACGUGCUCGGGGUUGCGAUGCACAUGUAAUCGUUGUCAUUUGUUUAUUAUCUGCGGCUGCCAUUUUAAACUGAAAUCAAUGUUUUGACGGGCAAAAUUGAAAUGCUUUAAAUGAAUAAAAACGGGAAGGAGGAAAUCCCAGACCUAUUGAUGUAUUUUAUUAGCGAUUGCUAUUAAAUGCUCCCAAUGACUCAGUGGAAUGGGUGGGUUCAUUAGUUGGUAUCUGAACAGGAAAUCCCCAGGAACCUCCAGAAAUGUAGAUAUUAAAAAUAUGUUUUUUUUUAAAAAAUCUACUUUUAUUAUUACAGCGUUAACAAAUUCAUAUUAGCCUGCGCACAUAGGCACCAGUAACAGUCUGAUUUGAGGAAAGUUUUACUUUUUAAAAAUGCCUUUCCUGAUGUGGUGCUUGACCAUAGAAUGAAAUGGCUUAUAUUGUCCCAAAUUUCUAUAUGCAUUUUUUGGCUAGAUCUCAGCCCUGCCUAAUAUUGGCAGCUCCAUCAGUCUUCUGGUAUCAAAGAAAUAAUGGACACCAUUUACAGCAUUUGAGAUAUGCCACUGAUACUUCUUUAGGAGAGGAGAAUAAAGCCACCGUGGAAAAUCUGUCCGAAUUAUCAGUGGAUAUAAAGAAAAUCCGUAGGUUGAAGCCAAGAGUUCUAUCAAAAGAGGUGUCAUAUGUCAAGGAAAUAGCUAAUAUUUUGCAAACAAUUGGCGCUGAUGGACCUUCAGUAGCACAUAUGUUUGAAUGUUGUCCUGAAGCCAUUCUUUGUAGUCCUACCAACAUCACUUGCCAAAGAGAUCUGUGGCUAUCUGUCUGUCAAAAUGAAAAGCAGUUAAUGGAGUUAAUAAAACGGUUUCCAGAUGCUUUUUUUAAUGUUGAACAUUAUGAAAAUCAGAAGGCCAACAUUAGUUUCUUCAAAGCACUGGGGCUGAAGAAUGCUAUCAUCCGUCGGUUUUUAACAAGUGCAUCAAAUAUUUUUUACAACCCUGUUGAAAAGAAUAAGCAUGUGAUAGAAACUCUGCAAAGAAACUAUUUAAGGCUAGGUGGUUCACAGGAAAAUUGGAAAAACUGGCUAUUGAAAUUAUUGAGUCAAAAUCCAUUUGUUUUAUUAAAUACUUCUACUACUGUCCAAGAAAACCUGGAGUUUCUUCAGAACAAUCAAUUCACCGAUUCCGAAGUUUUAAGCCUGUUGUGCAAGCUCAAAGGAUUUAUUUUUCAACUUAAUCCUAGCAAUAUGCAGAGUAGCCUGUUGUUUUCAAAGACCAUCUUCAAUUGCAGUGAUCAAGAAUUAAAAGAGCUAAUAUUACAGUGUCCUGCCCUUCUCUAUUAUUCAGCUCCAAUUUUGAAGGAAAGACUAGAUGAACUAUUGAAGGAGGGAAUCUCUAUAGAACAAAUUAAAGAAUCACCCACUGUGUUAGAAUUAUCAACAGAGAUAAUUCAGUAUCGGAUUAAAAAAUUAGAUGCCCUAGGAUACAGUCUGAAGAAUGGAACUAUAAAAUAUCUCAGUGGAACGAAAAAAGAUUUUGAAACUACCUAUGGAAAGAUACAAGCAAAAAGUGAGAGACCCAUAUAUAAUCCAGUGGCUCCUUUGAAUAUUGAAGAUUAGUUUCCAGAACCUGCUUAAUAAAAAGACAGGACUGA